AUGAGAAUCUCAAGAAUCCUCGACUUGCCUCUCUUCAGUAGCCGCUUCAAGUUACAAAUUCACAUUGCUCAAGUCGUACUCGUCACUGCCGCUGUCGGCCUUACGGUUCCUCGUCUCUUUGUAAAAAAUAUUCCGCGUUCAAGAUCAAGCACAAUUGCAUUGGGAAUGGGUGCUAAAUCCCUCAUCCUGCUCGCCUACCUCAUACUCUCGGAACACGUUCCCCGCUUCCAGCGUUGGCACAGCUACAAGGCGCACGCGAUUAUCGCUUGUCUCGAGGUGGUUUUCUGGAGUGGAGUUGCUGGCUUAACGUUCCAGGCCAACAUGAAGUCUUGCGUAGGGGUAACAUGUGGCCUAAGCUGGGUAGUAAUGGUCCUCGCCGUCAUUAUCAUCAACACAGAAAUUGUUUGCUCCGGUAUCAGCAUCAGAGAGUUCAGGGAGUGGAAAAAAGCUGGCAAGCCAAAGUCAAUGGGACCUCACUACGCCCCUCGUUCCCCAUUCGACGACGAGGAAUCACUCCGAACCGGAGUCGCACAACCGAAGGAGGCGCCUGUCCAAGCUGCCGAACGAGCAUACUUCCACUCCGAGCAACGAAAUGUGCAACCUGGCCAAACUCGACCCCACGGGGAAUCUCUUUGGAAUGAUCAGAACGCACGGCGAUCUUCCCGACAGGGACGCCAUCAUUCCUCGCGCCGCUCUGAGGAUCGUACACGUGGCCGAGAAGAGCGUCACAUGCAUGAGAUGGAACAACCACCGCGAUAUCCAGAACAGCAACAAUACUCCCCAAGAGGAUCGCGCUGA